AUGAGCGGUGAUGGUACUCAGUUUCCCACGAAGGCCCCGGGCGGCUUUGACGCCUACGAUGAUGCUCGAGCCAUUGUCAAAUUGUUCCAGUGUUCGCAGUGCUCGUACCCUUUGAGGGAACCGAUAUCGCUACCAUGUGGCGAUACAAUCUGCCGGCCAUGUCUGCCACCGUUGUACAAGAGAGAGAAUAUAACAUAUCCCGUUGUUGAAGGCAGGGCGGAUGGUUUUCUAUGUCCCUUCAAGCGAUGCGGUUUGGAACACUCGAUCGGGGAUUGCGGAACAGAUGUCACCCUCAACAACGUGGUCUAUCUCGUCAAAGGUCACAUUGCCAAAUACAAAACCGCGUUGCAGGAACUUCCACUUUUACUGGAAGAAAAGUUGAAUGGCCCUCCCGUGGUCGACAGUUCAAUGGACGUUAUGCCUCGAUCCCGCGUUCUUCAAGGAGGACGGAUCGUUGCGACCUACAUCCUUGCCGACAUGGGUGAAUUGCGUUAUGAUUCCGAUCUGGCAUAUACUCCAGUCGCGGCGGAUUCUUUAGAAUCGGCUCGAGCACUUGAUGUUGGGGUCCUUGAAAGUUUGAGAGAGAUCAUUCGGCCCGAAGUAGAGUGUCAAGUGUGCUAUCAGAUCAUGCUUGACCCUCUGACGACCUGCUGCGGGCAUACAUUUUGUCGAAAAUGUUUCGCUCGUGCCAUGGAUCAUUCCCAUUAUUGUCCCAUGUGUCGUCGUAGGCUCCCGACGCUAUCCAGCGUUCAAUCCGAACCUAGCAACAAAAGGAUCACUCAUUUAAUCCAGCACCUGUGGCCUGAUCUUUUGGCUGCUCGGAAAGCCAUGGUCGAACAAGAAGACGCCAUCGAUGAAGAGACACGAUUGCCACUGUUCCCUUGCACCCUGUCAUUUCCGCAGAUGCCUACAUUUUUGCAUAUUUUUGAACCGCGAUAUCGACUGAUGAUCCGACGAGUCUUGCAAAAUGGGUCGCGCAAAUUCGGCAUGUUGCCGUACAGGGAACCCGGAUUUGCGCCGGGCGAGCCACACUACAAACCCUACGGAACGGUCUUAUUCAUUGAACGCAUCGAAAUGCUUCCCGAUGGUCGGAGCCUGAUAGGGACCAGGGGACAGAUGAAAUUUCGUGUUGUCGAGACCUCCAUGCUUGACGGCUAUCUGAUUGGUCAAGUGCAACGGGUCGAUGACAUACCUGUACAUGAAGAAGAAGCCAUUGAGUCGUUGGAAACGAGAGCAGUGCCUGCACCGUUCGGAGGCGAAAUUGCUCGGAUUCAAUGUAUGUCGACACAGGGACUUCUCGAAAAUGGUUUAGAAUUCGUGGAACGAGCCCGAUCCCAGUCGGCUCGGUGGCUUCACCAACGUGUCCUCGACACGUACGGUCAGCCGCCCUCUGAUCCUGCAAUCUUUCCGUACUGGCUGGCGAGCGUAUUGCCCAUCUCGGAAUACGACAAAUAUCAGCUUCUCCCGGCGACCAGUGUGCGAGAGCGUUUAAAGAUAACGGCCGUGUGGAUUUCGAAAUUAGAAGAAGCGAAUGCGUAA